UUAACCUCAAAACCUCUUCUCUCUCUGCAACAAUUUUUCACCGCCGACAACCAUGACCCUUCGUCCGUUCGCGCCAUUCUCACCUGCACCACCGCUUCCAUCUCCGCCAAGGUCCUAUGGCUUCUUCCUUCCGUUGGCCUCGUCCUCGCCUCCAGCAUCGGAGUGAUCCACAUUGACUUGGCCGAGUGCCAUCGCCGUGGAACCCAGGUCACCAGUGCCAGGAAGUUGUACUCGGAGAUGUCGCCGAUAUGGCUAUAGGUUUGCUUACAGACGUUGACGCGAAAAUUUCGGUGGCGAAUCGGCGCAUACGGCAUCGGGUCCGGUGCGUUCAAAUGUCCUACAGCCUUCUAGCUCUCGCUGUCGGCGUUCUCAUUUCCUUCGUCUUUCUCCUCGCCCUCAACAUUCGGUGUUCGGCAUUGACUCUAAUUCACCUUCGUCAGUUUGUUGCAAACGACUCAACACAGCUUCAUUUCCCACUCGAUUCAGUCUUUUUCCUGUUUUUACCUUCAUCCGCCGUCGCCAAUGGCGAAUGACGAACGGCCCAGAGACCUCCCACAAGUGCUUGUUCUCGGUCCUCCAAUUAGCUUCCCAUUCAUCAAAUCCCUUUACUCUCACAAGUUCCAUUUCCUUGACCCCAACACCUCCUCUCUUCCGCUACACCAAUUUCUCACCGCCGACGAUCGUGAUCCUGCAUCCAUUCGCGCCAUUCUCUCCGGCGCCAAAUCUCCCGUCUCUCUCGAGAUCCUCCGGCUUCUUCCAUCGCUCGGCCUCGUUGUCUCCUGCAGCGCCGGAUUGGACCACAUUGACUUGGCAGAGUGCUGCCACCGUGGAAUUCAGGUCACAAGUGCCGGAAAUGUGUACUCGGAGGAUGUUGCCGAUAUGGCGGUAGGUUUGCUGAUCGAUGUCGGUGCCAAUAUUUCGGCAGCCGCUCGGCGUGUUCGGUCUCGGGUGAGGUCUGGCGCGUUCCAUUUUCCGACGAGCUUCAAGCUUAGAGGCAAGCGAGUUGGGAUUGUAGGCCUCGGAAGCAUAGGCAUGGAGACAGCAAAACGACUGGAAGCAUUUGGCUGCAUCAUAUCGUACACCUCAAAGAACAAGAAGCCACUUGUGUCAUACUCAUUCUAUGAAAGCAUUGCAGAGUUAGCAUCUGCUAGUGACGCACUUGUUCUCUGUUGUGCACUGAACGAACAAACGAGGCAUAUGGUGAGCAGGGAAGUGAUGAUGGCUUUGGGAAGAGAAGGAAUCAUUGUGAACAUUGGAAGAGGAGGUCUGAUAGAUGAGAAAGAAUUGGUGAACUGUUUGGUGAAAGGAGAGAUUGGAGGAGCUGGUUUGGAUGUGUUUGAGAAAGAGCCUCAUGUUCCUCAAGAGCUUUUUGAAUUGGACAAUGUGGUUUUGUCUCCUCAUGCUGCUGCCCUCACUACAGAAUCUAAAAUGGGGAUUUCCCAACUAGUGGCUGCCAAUUUGGAGGCAUUUUUCUCAAGUAAGCCUCUACUUAAUCAGGUGAGACUGGAUUGAGAACUAUUUUGCUCUUUUUGUUGUUGGGUACAAAUUGGUUCUCUCAAUUUGAUGUGUCAUCUUUAAUAUUUGUAUGCUUUAGGUGAUAUGACAAUGCCACUUUAUAAGGCCCAAUUUUACUUAAUUUGGUUAGGUAAUAAAUUUUUU